AUGCCGAUUUUUGAGACAUCGAUACUUGGAGCAAAACUAAAGGAGCAGCUUUGGCUGGUAUCACCAUUGCGAGGAGAAUCUCCAGAGCUAAUUGUAUUAUUAUCGAAGAUGAUUCGACUACGAUUAUUGGGUGGAUUCAAGGGCAAGGCAAGCCAUCCUGAUUUGUUUCAAUACACGUGUCGAUCACGUGGUUAUGGCAAUAUCGAGAAUCAAGCCAGAUCCAAGGGCAUUUCUCUUUUAGGGCCUUACAAAUUCCUACUCUCCCUUUUGUUCCGGAAUCCGGAUCUGAAACAUCCUCCCUACCGAGAGAGCAGCAGCAGUAACAAUGGCGUCCUGGAGGGGAAGAGGAGCCGAGCCGAGGACGACUUCGACGAGUACGACCCCACACCCUGCGGCGGUUACGACCUCGCCCUCACCUUCGGCCGCCCCCUCCCUCCCUCCGACGAGAUAUGCCACCCCCUCUCCUCCGCCGGUGGCGACGACGUCGACUACAACCGCCCCCACUACACCUCCGGAUCCACUACCUCCGCCUACGGGACCGAGGCCGACUUGGGCGACCGCUACGGCCGCCCAAGCCCCCAGCCUGGCCUACGGCUUCCAGCCCCCGCAGGAGGAAGAGAGCGGCGGCUUCGGCGGUGGGUUCGGUGGCGGAUUCGGUGGCGACCUCCGCCCCCAACCGCCGAGGCCCGAGUACGGGCAUGGUGGCGGCGAGGGCGAGUACGGAAUCGGGCAAGGGUUCGGGUUCGGCGGGGGGAAGGAGGAAGAGAAGGAGCCCCGUUACGGACGGCGCCCCAGCCUCAGGAGGAGGAAUACGGAUUCGGAUCCGGGUACGGGAAGGAUCGUCCGAAGCCGUAUGGAGAGGAGGGAGGGCAGGGUUAUGGAUCUGGAUCUGGAAGCAAGUAUGGCGGCGGGGGUGGUACCGGAGAGGCGAGGAGGAAGCGUUUGGCGGCGGGAUUGGCUACGGGAGGAGCGAGGAGUAUGGGUAUGGAGAGAAGCCGAGUUUACGAAAGGCCGAGCUAUGGCGGAGAUGAGGAGCGGACUGCGAGGUACGAGAGGCCGAGCUAUGGCGGAAUGAGGAGCGGACUGGGAUGUACCAGAAGCCGAGCUAUUAUGCGAAGAGCAAGGGGAAGGACAUGGCCGCCCCAAAUAUGGCAAUGACUCUGAUGACGAGGAAAAGAAGCGCCAUCAUCACCAUCACCACCACCACCGUCGCAACUAUGAUGAUGACUAAACCAUUUCCAGUACGACUAUCUUGUAUUGGUAUGGCUUGAUCCCUCACAAAAAACUAGUAGCUAAAAUAAAGAUGAGGGUGUGGUGUGUGUUCUCUGUGGUGUGUUCUGUUGGAAACUUUUCAUUGCUCUUGCAGUGGCAGGUGGACUUCUGUGAAGAGCAAUUCGUGCUUUGAAUAAAGUGAUUCAGUGUUGUUACGUUUGCUGUCAUUACGUGGAAACUGAGUCAUGAAACAAUGCUGUUAGUUUGGAAAUACUUUGUUUUGUAACAUGGAAUUAUUGUCGGCAA